UGUGUGAGAAAGUGUGUGUGUGUGUGUGUGUGUGUGUGAGAGUGUGUGUGUGUGUGUGGUGGGUUAGGGGGUUAGGGUUAGAUCCAGACUGCAGCUGGAUCUGGAUCUGGUUCUCGGCUCUGCAGACUGCAGUUAAAGUCUGUAAACUGAAGAAAGCGAGUCCGAGCGCCGUCUGAGCAGCAGCUGCUGAUUGGCCCACAGACAGCAGCUGCUGAUUGGCCCACAGACAGCAGCUGCUGAUUGGCCCACAGACAGCAGGUGAGCGGCUGACAGGUGAGAAGGGCUGUGAUGUCAUUCAUAAUUCAGAAGCUGCAGUUUGUUUAUAAGUGCGGCAGGAAGGUGCGUUUGUUUUCCGCCUCAGACCCGUUUUAGUCUUUGUGCUGAAGAAACGCGGCGCCGGCGAGCGGACUCUGAUCCGGUCCACUCAGGUUUUUAAGUCUGCUGUGAUAAUGUGCGGCAGUAUAGUUCUGACGAUGUUAGAUUAAUAAUAACGUCAAUAAUCGCCUCGGCUCUGCAGAAACACUCUCAUUUCUGGAGAUUUAAUAACCUUUAACCUUUUCAGGCGGACGUCCCGUGAACGCACCAUGGACCUGGACAGCAUCGCAGGACUGAAUGAAAUCCGUCCGUGUGUCUACAGAGUCUCCGUGAAGCUGCAGGCUCUGCAGCAGCAGGCCGGCCUGGACGUCGUGUCUCUCCGACACAUCACGGCAGCCCUCCACUCGGUGGGCGGAGCUAAGCCGCAGCAGGAAGUGGCGCUGACCCGAGAGGAAGUGACCCGGACUCUGAACAGGAUGUUCCACAGCGUGUCACAGGAAGUGCCGGGUCAUGUGACCGUGGAGGCGCCAGAGGAGACGUGCAGUCUGAUGUUCAGGCUGUUGGACCGGAGUCAGGCUGGUCGUGUCUCAGCUGGUUCUCUUCAAACUGCUCUCAUCGCUCUGUCUGCUGAAGCUCUGCUGGUGAAAUACAGAGCUCUGGUGAGUGUUGCAGAGAACAGUUCAGGGUCAGUCAGCAGGUCUGGACUCAGAUCUUUACUGCAGGACCUCAGCCAGGUUCCUGCGGCGGUGCAGGAGGAAGGAGUUUUUGGCGGCGUGGAGGCGGCGGUCAGGUCGUGUUUUAACGGGGUGUUGACCCCAGCGGCGAGUGAAGAACACGUGUUGUCAUGGCUGCAGAGCGAGCCACGCCUGUUGCUAUGGUUACCCACUCUGUAUCGCCUGUCCGUCAGUCAGUACGUCACUCACACCGUGCGCUGCCACACCUGCAAGACCCUCCCCAUCACCGGACUCAGGUAUCGCUGUAUGAAGUGUGUGAACGUCCACGUGUGUCAGAGCUGCUUCCUGACAGAAAGACAGACGAGGAAACACAAAACUCACCAUCCGGUGCUCGAGUUCUGCACACAGCCCACUUGGAGGGAGUCUCUGUCCUCGUUAGUGCACAGCGCUCGUCACGCCCUGUUGCCACGGCGAUACACUCAGAGAGAGGCCGACAGGAGGAGGGUCCUGAUGUGGGCGGAGCCAGGAGAGACUCAAAACAGUGCUCCGCCCCGCUUUGAUCCCUCAACACGAUUGGCUGCCUCAACUGUCUGUCACAGUCCCUCCUCUGACAGAGAUGUUUCCCAUGAUGCCUUGGUGCGACGACCUCCUAGCUCGUUUUCAUCCAAAGCUCUGCAGACUGACGAGGAGACGCCGACUCAGCAGUCGAAGGCGUCGGCUCUGCUGACUGAAGUCAGAAACCUGCAAAGAGACAAAUGGUUGUUGGAGCAGCAGCUGCAGGCGUGGCGGGUCACCGUCCAAUCAGAGCAGGGCAUCCUGGAGGACAGGUGCUCUGAGAUGGAGGUUUCCAUGGAAACACUGAGAGAACACAACCUCAGUCUGCAGGGCAUGCUCACACAAGCUCUGAACAAGAUGGAGGCCCAACAACACGCCAACAACACGCCACAAAGCAUCGACACGGAGGGAAACGCAGAUAACGAGGAAGACGAGGAUGAAGAAGUGCUGCUGAAGCCAGAGGACGAGUGGAGCGAGGACGAACAACAAACUCUAUCUCCCACAAUGCACCAGGACGCACCUGCGCCACAUGACAUCGACUGUGAAGAGGAGGAGGAGUCUGCAGGUGACAGGUUUCUGGAUGGACCGGAGGAGGCGGAGCCACAGGAAGAGGACACCUGUCUGUCUGAAGAAGAAGAAGAAAGGGAUUGUGGGACGUGUAGUCCAGAGGAGCUGCUGCGGGAGACUGUCGAGAGACUGAAGACUGUGAUGGAGACAGACAGGUGGACAGACAGACAGACAGGUGAAGAGGAGAUCUAUGACUCAACAAAGCUGUUGAUGAUUUACUGUGAGAGGAAGAGGGCGGAGCUUCUGGAGGCUGCAGACCAGGUGGGAGACUCGAUACACCACCUGGUGCGCGCUGUGAGAACAGACACUGAUGACCAGGCGACUCAUAUUCAGGUUACAAAAGAUGUUUAUUCAACAUGAACUUAUUGAUAUUUAAAUAAACAUGAGUGUAAAGGUAUAAAACGUUGUGAUAUUAACAACAGCACCUGAAGAAAAGGGACCAGAGGCCGUCUCACCUGACGACACAAGCUUCAGGUGUGUUUAGUGUUAGAAACACAGGCUGCCAACAGCAUCAUUAAAUCAUUUAAUCAAAUUCAGGUCUCGUUUUGCAUUUGUGUGCACGUUGCUCUUUAAGAUAAAAAUGUUAGACAUCAUUUAGUUUCAUGUUUGAUUUCAUGAUGUGUGAAAGAUUCAACUUUAACUAACAAUUAAAAUCUUAAGAUCACACUUUUAUUUUAAUAUGUGACAAAAUAAAAAUGUUAAAAUCAAAUGAUUUUGUAUUUCAUGGUGUGUAACAGAAUGCAUAUUUAGCUCAGGUUUGUAUUUUCAUCACAUCUGACACUUUAAAUCUUCCAUUAUUUUCUUUCCACGUAUGAAAAACUGAAUAAAAUCCAACUUUCAUGUUUGAACAUGUGUAACAUAAAAAGCUGCUUUCCUUUUUAAA